CCGUCUAAUGGCAAGCGAACUUCAACGGCUCUUCACGCCUCCUGACAGUCGUCCGUGCGGCAGCAGCGCAGUGUAGAGUGUAGGGCGCACGAGUGAAGUGAUCCAGGCAGGGAGCCAGCAGAAAUGUCGGAGAGUGGGAGUCAGGAAGUCGCCUUUAGGGCCGCGAACGGCAGCGGCAGCGGCAGCCCGACCAGACGGCCCCAGCGGCCGUCCAUCGGUAACAAAGUGACCGUGGUGCUCGGAGCCCAGUGGGGAGACGAGGGAAAAGGGAAAGUUGUGGAUCUCUUGGCACAAGACGCAGACAUGGUUUGCAGAUGUCAGGGUGGAAACAACGCAGGACACACGGUGGUGGUCGACUCGGUGGAGUACGAUUUUCACCUCCUGCCCAGCGGCAUAAUCAACCCCAAGUUCACCGCCUUCAUUGGUAACGGCGUGGUGAUCCAUCUGCCAGGACUGUUUGAUGAGGCACAGAGGAACGAACGCAAAGGGAAAAGUCUUACAGGCUGGGAGCAGAGGCUGAUCAUCUCAGACAGAGCCCACAUCGUUUUUGACUUCCACCAAGCGGUUGAUGGCAUUCAGGAACAGCAGAGACAAGAGCAAGCAGGCAAGAAUCUGGGUACAACAAAGAAGGGGAUUGGUCCAGUGUACUCAGCCAAAGCAGCCCGUAACGGCCUCAGGAUAUGUGACCUUCUGGCCGACUUCACCCACUUCUCUGAAAGGUAUACCAUGUUGGCCAAACAGUACAAGUCCAUGUACCCGACUCUGACCAUCGACACUGAGGGAGAGCUGGUCAAAUUAAAGGACUAUGUGGAGAGAAUCAAACCCAUGGUCCGAGACGGAGUUCACUUCAUGUACGAGGCUCUCCACGGUCCUCCGAAGAAGAUCCUGGUGGAAGGAGCCAACGCCGCCCUGCUGGACAUAGACUUUGGAACGUAUCCAUUUGUGACGUCAUCGAACUGCACGGUGGGAGGAGUGUGUACAGGACUGGGUAUGCCCCCCCACAACGUGGGGGAGGUGUACGGGGUGGUGAAAGCCUACACCACCAGAGUGGGCAUCGGAGCGUUUCCCUCAGAGCUGAAUAAUGAGAUCGGAGAACUGCUCCAGAGUCGGGGUAAGGAAUUUGGUGUGACCACGGGCAGGAAGAGACGAUGUGGUUGGUUGGACCUGGUGCUCAUUAAAUAUGCUCAUAUGAUCAAUGGCUUCACUGCCCUGGCUCUCACCAAGCUGGACAUCCUGGACGUUCUCUCAGAGAUUAAAGUGGGCUUGGCCUACAAAGUGGACGACCAGAUCAUACCCCAUUUCCCAGCCAAUCAGGAGGUGUUGCACCGCGUCGAGGUCCAGUACGAGACGCUGCCCGGCUGGAAGAGCGACACGUCGGCUGCUAGGAGUUUUGAGGAUCUUCCGGAGAACGCACAGAAAUACGUUCGCUUUGUGGAGGAGCAUGUGGGAGUUCCUGUCAAAUGGAUCGGCGUGGGGAAGUCUCGUGAGUCCAUGAUCCAGAUCUUCUAAAGGUGGGGGGAGGUGGAGAACCGGGAAGGGGGCAGUGGUGGGCAGCAGCAGGAACAUCUGCCCCCUCUCCAUCAGUGGACCUACUGCCCUGUUUGACAAAGACACCAUCAUCACAUUUGCUCUUUAAACCCGUCUCAUCUUUUGGACUGGACCUGACCCCUCACUCGCCCCCGCCCCACUCAUUAAGAAUUAAGAACUCCUUUGUUUUUUCCGACAGUGUUGACAGCAGCAGAGUGCAGUCCGGGGAAACAGGGGUAACAUGGGUAACAGCUUCUCAGACUGUCCAGUAUACAGGUGUAGUUAUUAUGGGAUGUUGCAGUUUAAAGACUAAUUACUUGAGAUGAUUGUAAUUAAUUAAUGCAGAUAAACUGUGAAUAAUAUCAGUCCAACGAUGGCACAUAGUAAUUUUGUUGCCCGAACACACACUAGUGAACAGGUGACGUUGCACAUGAAAUUUAAGAUAGUGAAAAUAGUGCACAUGUUUCUUUUCCACGAGGGGGCGCUAGUUGUACGGCAUGUUUGGGAGUUGGAGUCUCCUGCUGAAUUAGGUGUCCAGGUCAGUGAUGGUAGGGGGAGGGGUGUGGGGGUCAGGUUGUCCCUCAGUCACAUGACAUACUCAGGUCUGAGAGAGGACACUUCACACAUGCACACACACACUCUGCUCACACUGAUGUUUCAAAUCUCUACUGUAUUUCUCUGCUCUGUGCCAAUCAGGUGUGAAUUGGUGUGAAUGGGUUUUAUCUUUUUUUUUUCUUUAUUCAAUGUGUGUUCAAACACACCAGGUCUCCACAAAGGGAACUUCCGUGUUUUUAAUGUGUUUGUUCAAAGUUUUAUUUUGUCUUCGUCAUAAAGUCGUUGCCUUGUUGAAACGAGUUAGCCUUUAAAGAAGUAGCUGAAGACUGAUGCUGGUGAUGAUGAUGAUGAUGAUGGUGAUGAUAUAAUGAGAAGCUCAUCUUUAUCUUUGCCAUUUUUACAAACUGGUGUCCCGUUUUCUCUGUCACUUUUUUUUUAAACUCUGUCAUUCUGAUGAUUGUCUUAAGAUAUAAAUAUAUCGUAAAUACGUCAGUGUUGUGUUUGUGUUAAAGAAGGUCGUGAAAAAACACACAGAAACAACAGUGUAAAUAUAUUGACAUAUAUUGACAGUGUCAAAACACGUUUUUUUUAAUUCAGGGAUAUUUAGACAUAAACAUUAAAGCAGUUCUUUGAUGUUGGA